ACACGGUGGUGUAUUGGAGAACAGUUUUUCCUCAUCAACGCCUCAUCUCCAGGCCGCCAAAGACGCCAUCUCCGGAUUCAUUCAAGUUAUUCAACCCCCCUCCAAACCCCGUCACAUUCCCUAACCAAAGGGGGUGUUGACAAAAGUCGUGUGCGUGUAAAAAUCAUGCAUCCGAUUGGAUAGAAUAAACAAUAGCGGCAUCCCUUUCCCGUUCACCCAUUCCGUUCCCUUUUUGUUUGUUGCUAAGCAACGCCUUCUUUUCCAAGAAAAUGGCUCUACAAUGUGCGAGAGGGAGAGACACGAUAAGGGGUGAAUGUGUAUAGCUUGUCUGCUCUUUGUUGUAACAUGGGGUAGCAAAACGGGUUCAGCGUUCGGAGCGGAGCGGAACGGAACGGAACCCUCUAUGGGGAUGCAUGUGCACGAAAGAGAUAACACGCUGGUCGCUGAAUGUCGUGUCGCUUCACACUUACUGCAGACACUUCAGUACGGCCACUCGAUACGGUCUUGGGCUUUCCUCUUGCACGUCGUCGAUGUUGGACGCGGCAAGUCAACAUUUAUCCCUUGUUCGGUGCGGUUCGAUAUUCGAGCGAGGCUGCCGAGUUUACACACGGUCAGUUCGGGUGCGUAAAAAAGUAUUUUUUUCGACAACAACAAACGACGGGCUGCGGGAGAAGUAACAGUGACGUGUGCCGCGUAUCUGAGUGUGUGUUUUGCUUUGAUUUUCAUCAACCAUAUUGUCGUCCGAGCGUAAAUCGAUGCGUUGAAUAAAUGCGUGCCAAUCAGUGACAAGAUUAAGCGUGGAAAUUUGAAGAAAAUAAUAACAAAAAAAGAAGAAUGUACGCCAACGAACGGCAUGGAUAAGGUUGAAAGGCAGCAUCAUAAAUCAUUCUGUCUACGUGGACGGCGCGUAGUUUAGGGAAAAUCGUUAACCACGUCUAGCCGCGCGCGCGUGUGUGUGCGUGCUUUUCCACGAUCGCGAGUGUGUCGGAAAAUUGUGUUCUUCAAACAUCCACUAUUUUCACUACCGUCGGUGAUAGGAAACGAAGAUUCGGUCGAAUUCCUUCACAGCUGUGCGAGGAAAAUCAUUCCCUUCUCAUGUGCAAUUUUACUUGAAUAAAAAAAAGGGGUGGCAAAAGGAAAGCAAAGUGCAUUCCCCGCCGCCUACUCAAGAUCAUGUUGCGUACGAAGUAACGAAGUAGUGAAUGUAACCAGGAUAACACACACAUGCGUGUAUGGUGCGUGCAGCAAUCGUAGUGACCUGUGGAAAAUGAAACCGAAAACGGGAAUGAAAGUCACGUGAAAAGUGUGAAAAGUCUCACUCCCUACCAUCCCCACCCAAAAAAAAAGUGAUCGAAAAAGAAAAUUUGUGUACAUGCCGUGGGUGAUUUAAAGUUUUCUUUUAACCUUCCAUUAGACAAGGUGGUGCCACAAAAGCCACCCAAAAAAUAAUCACAUUUCUAGGUCACCAAAACACUCCGCUACAGGGUGGAUCUAUAAACACCUGUAGACAGGGUGUGGAAAACUACCUGUGCGUGUGUGUGCGUUUGUGUACGCGACGGUGUAAAACGGGGAAAGGUGUACACUUCAGCUUCCAUUAUUUCCAUUCCCCCCGUUCGGUUGAAACGGAUUUCAAAAUUUUAACGGAAGCGACCAAAACGCCCCCACGGGCAGUCGCGCUGGCGUCCUUUCUGGGGGACAGUUUCGCAGCAAUCGGUGCCCGGGCACCACCGGCCAAGGAUCUGAUGGCGUUCGGUUCGGUAUUGCAGCACAACCAGCACAAUAUCGGUCGCGGUGAACCACCGUCUGGGUUGGGCGAUCCGUGCGCCGGCUGCAACAAACCGAUCCUGGACAAAUUCCUGCUCAAUGUGCUCGAACGCGGCUGGCAUGCGACGUGCGUACGAUGCUGCGAAUGUCACCAACCGCUCGCCGACAAAUGCUUUAGCCGGGAGUCGAAGCUUUACUGUCGGAAUGACUUCUUCAGGCGCUACGGUACCAAGUGCAGUGGUUGCGGGCAGGGCAUCGCACCGUCGGAUCUGGUGCGGAAACCACGCGACAAGGUGUUCCAUCUGAACUGCUUCACGUGCUGCAUCUGCCGGAAGCAGAUCAGUACCGGCGAGCAGCUGUACGUGCUGGACGACAAUAAGUUCAUCUGCAAGGACGAUUACAUGCUCGGCAAGGGACCCCACCCGAUGACAGACUCCCUCAUGGGUUCGGCCUCGGAAGACGAAGAUGAGGAGGACCAGAUGAGGCCUGGCGUGUUGGCGGGUUUGGUCGGUAGUGGUACGGGAGCUGCCGGUCUGCAUCACGGCGAUGGACCACUCGGUGCGUCGGACCUUUCGGUACAGAGCAUGAGCACGGACAGUAAGACGGGCCACGACGACUCGGACCAGGGUUCGCUGGACGGUGACCCGGACUGCCGGGGUGACUCGCAGGCCGAAAACAAGAGCCCCGACGAUGGUGCCGGCUCGAAGCGGAGAGGACCCCGAACGACGAUCAAAGCCAAACAGCUCGAGGUGCUGAAGAACGCAUUUAGUCAAACACCAAAACCCACUAGACACAUAAGGGAACAGCUGGCCAAGGAGACGGGACUGCCGAUGCGGGUGAUACAGGUUUGGUUUCAGAACAAGCGUUCGAAGGAGCGACGGCUGAAGCAGCUGACCAGCAUGGGACGGGGUCCAUUUUUUGGCGGCGCACGAAAGAUGCGCGGCUUCCCGAUGAACCUGUCGCCCGGCGGACUGGAUGAGCCGGGCUUCCCGUACUUUGCGGCGGACGGUAAAUUCGACUUCGGGUACGGUGGGCCACCGUUCCAUCCGCACGAUGCACCAUUCUUCGGUGGACACCCGGGCGCGGGUCCGAUGCCUUUCGGCGGUCCCGGAGGACCCAUGGAUCACCCGAUCCCAAUGGUAGGCGACUUCGUGGGCGGUAUGGCCGGUCCGGAUGGUGGCGGAGGUGCGGGCGGUCCGGGCGGUGGUCCCGGCGGCAUGCUCGGUCCCGGCGGUCCCGGUGGUCCGGGCGGUUUCAUGGGCCAACCGGGUGGACCGGGUGGACCGGGCGGACCCGGCGGUGGUAAUCCACAGCAGCAACAGCAAGGACACGGACCGGACGGUGGUGUCGGUGGAAUGCUUCCAUCCUCCCGGCCCGGUGGCAGCCCGGUAGAGUUCCUGACGUCGGGCAACUUCUCGGAAUCGCAAAACAUGCAGAACGAGGGCCUGGUGUGGUAAGUGAGGUUGGGGAAUAGGAGUGCGCUGCAUCACUCCCGUUCCUCCCAGGCUACCAACGCCCUAGCGGCAUCUUCUUAUCACGGUUGUUAUCUUACGGAGCGCGAGCAGGAAGAGUUUUAACUUAUUUCAAACGUGGGAGUGCAGUCGGUCGGAAUGGAGGUUGCGUUUGUUCGCUUUCUUUUUCAAACCACAUCGGUGGCCUAGCUGACCUCGUCGAUUCGUUGAUUUAUUUGUACCACUCGAACGUGUCCAAUUUGAAGGCGGAAUUGUUUUUCGACCUUCGGCCGUGCCUUUGUUUAUGUGCAAACGGCACGCACUUUUUCAUCUGGUAUGAACUUAAAAACGGCGGUGACAAACGCACUUCACGCAAGUCCCUCUGUGGGUGCGUAAUUAGUAACCGAUGCGUGCCGAUUAUGAGUGGCGCCCCAGUUGUGUGGUACUUCUUGUUGCUGAGGUUUUUAUGGCCGAAGGGCCCAUUCAUUGGCGCCAUGGUUUCGGUUGUAUCGGUGACACAGUAGGGUAUUUUUAUUUCAACCGCCUAACGCAUACAUUGGCGCAAGGAUCAUGUUACGCGUUAGAGGGUAACGAGUUGGCGACUCAUAAAUUUAGCAUUGGAACUCUGGAACUCUCUGGACACGAUCGAGCGUUUGUGGAACGAAAUUUCAAUCCAAUGACGUAAUCGAUCCGUUAGCAUCAAACAAAAAGGGAGGAGGGCAAAAAAAGCAAAGAAACGGACAUCUUCCUUCAAUGCAAGUGGCGGUGGACACUGUACGCCGAGUUGGUACCAAACAAAUUUUGUGGACAAUAGUGACAAUGUGUGAAACCGUUCAUUCCUUCAGGAAUCAACCAAACAGAUCAGUAUUAAAAUGGCAGCAAUCAAUCAAUAGUACUGCAGCAAAACAGCAUUAACCAGCAGAAAAAAAACACAAUCGUUACGCACACCCACACACACACCCACAUCAGCUCAGUGGAAGAAGUCACAUAGUGUCCUCACAAAGUGUACGUAACCCCAAAAGGUGCAUCAGGCAUCUUUAGGCCCACUCAUCGCACACUCGUCACGUUCCUCGUGACGUCAGGCCGACGACGUGACGACGAGCACUGCUCGUAAGAUAUUUAUUUUUAAGGAACUAAUAAACGCUUGACGCCCCAAGCACAAUAAUGGGGGCGCAGAUGUUAGCAGAUGCAGACAGGGCAGGUUGAAGCAAGCAAUUGUUGUUUUCUAUUAUUAAUAGUUUUGUUUCGUGAGUAAGCUAUAUGGUAAAUUAAAUUAUUCAAGCAGACCAUCCUCCCCGGAACGGCGGGGAGAUGGUGUCUCCUUCAUCGGCAAGAAGCGUGUUUUGUGGGGGGUUUUGUGUUUUAAGUUUUCCGCUGACAUGGCAUUCGAUGGAUGGAAAGUAGCUUCCCCAUUUCUUCCCAUUCAUUCAUUCGUUCAUUCAUUCAGAGCCUGUACAAUAUUAUCAAUUUCUAGUUAAUCGAUUUUGUGGGAGGUUUGCGUUUAUAGUAGCGAUUCGGAGAUUCGGAUUAAGGGUGAAUGUUAGUGCUCCUCCUGACAAGUUAAGUAGCAAUGUGAAAUCAUAAGCGGUGUAAAGAUGGUACAUUUAGUUUGAUGAGAAACGAGCUACGAAAGCUGAAAGCAUUUGCUCGAAACCAAACCAGAACUAUGUCCAGGGUUUUACCGAUUUGCAGAUCGAAUUCAAGUUCAAGUACCGGAAGGGGCGGUGGGUAGGAUGUUUUCUUAUUUUUACACAAACCCACCAAUCGUUCUGUGUGUGUUUUUUUUUCUUCUGACCGGAGACAACUAUCAUGAGUGGUGGGGAAAAGAAAUCAGUGAAACAGUAUCAGUAAAAUAGACCAACUGGUCGAAAGGCAGUGUUUUGUGAGUGUAAAUAGCGCGAACAGCAGUUAGCAGUAAAGAAGCUGAACGUGAUGGCGUGUAAAUAGAAACUCUAGCCACACAAAAUGGGGCCGAGAAGUAAAAAAAAACAUUCAAAAAAAAAACCUUGAUAGAUUGAAGUAUGUUGAGUGGGGGUGAGAUAGAGAUAAAGCAAAGAAUAAAAACAAAACACAAAAAACAAACACACACACGUUAAUAGCAAAAAAAAAACAAAGAGGAAACAAACAAAUGACCGGCAAAAGUAAAGCAUAUGAAACUCUCCCAUUUUGUGCUUAGCGAGUUGUAAAAUUAACAAUUUUAGUGAAACAGUGAAAACAAAAAGAAGAUGAAAGUAAGCAAAAGUAAAACAUAUUGUGCGGAUUUUGAAAAUACAACAACAACAAAAAAAACUGAAAAUAACAACAAAAACUGAAACUCAAUAUAUAAAACGUACAUAUAUUCCCGCCGUAAGUAAAAUCUGGUGAUGGGGUUCAUUCGAAUGAAAAAUGUACACACAGUAAAAAAAAAAGAAACACCAUCACAACAAUAGAAAACGCAAAAACAAGAAAGAAAAAAAAUCACAUCAAGAGAAGUUUAGAAAAGAGAAAAACAGGAAAGAGAAAAACGACCCAAUUGUGUUAUUAUUUGUUUAAGGACACCGUACAGUUAGGAAGAAAAAACAGGAAGAGAAUAAAGAAAAAAAGGUAAAAGUAGAGAAACAAAACUGAAAAAAAAACAACAACCACAAUAGAGACAAAGAGAGAGAGAGGGGAGAAAACAUACAAAAAAGAGGACAAUUAUGUGGAGCGGGAUGGAAAAAAGGUGGGGAAGAGAAAUAAUAAAUGAAAAUAAUAACGACAAAUAA